CAAGAAUGUUUUUCUAGGACGACCAGUCGCGGAUCCCACUAAGGUUUUGGGAACUAAGAUACUCAACCCUGAGUUGCCACGGAGCUCCCCUUGUCAUCAAUUCACGAGCAUUAGAGGUGCAAGUGAUCAGCUCAUGCAUGGUGGUGGUGCGAGGAAGUUAGAUUCAGCACUAGGCAAGCGAAGAGUUCAAGAUGUGACAGAACAAAAUACUUACUCUCUCAAUUUCAAACGAUUUGUUUGCAAAAGCAGCAAGACCUACCUAGAGACAGAACCAAGAAGCAGGAACAUGAGACAUCUGCGUUCGCACCAAUGCCCUUGGCUUCUCCGGUAGAUUUUUCACCUGGUAAACCACCUGUUCCAAUGUUUCUUGGAAAGGCCAGUAAUGGAUUGCCAACUGCUCAUUCCAGGCAACUUAGAUUCACUCCUGAAUCUCUGGUUCCUCACUUGGUUGGUUCUGAGAAGAACCAUGAUGAGCAAAGGACAGAAGGGUUCUACAUAUGUAGAACCUCUUGAAGCAAUUUGAUGAUUCUGAUCAGAGAGAAUACAUCCAGACGCUUGGUCAAUUAUCGCCAUCUGAGCUUAGUAGACAUGCCGUUGAGCUAGAGAAAAGAUCAAUGCAGCUAUCAGUUGAGGAAGGUUUGGCGAGAAUCGUUCUGACUCGCGACGCUAAAUUGGCAAAGAUAUGUCUUCUCUUCUCUUGACCUUCCACUCUGUCUGGAUAAAGAUAACCGGCUGAGGUUGGUAAUUUGCGCAGAAGCGCGAGCCACGCCCACGACCCACAAUUGUUUAUAAAUUCCCCAAUUUGACAUUACGCUCUUGGAUUCUCAUUUGCCACACGACCUUCCCUUUGGGUGGCUUUGCUCUGCUUUCUCACCUUCUUAUCAAACUCCUUCUCCCCCCUCUCUCUCUCCAUGGAUCCUUACAAGUACCGCCCUUCAAGUGCUUUUGAUUCCCCUUUCUGGACCACAAACUCCGGUGCUCCAGUUUGGAACAACAACUCUUCUUUGACUGUUGGAUCUAGAGGCCCAAUUCUCCUUGAGGACUAUCAUCUGGUGGAGAAAAUUGCCAACUUUGAUAGAGAACGAAUCCCAGAGCGUGUUGUCCAUGCUAGGGGAGCCAGUGCGAAGGGAUUCUUUGAGGUCACUCAUGAUAUUUCUCAGCUUACAUGUGCCGACUUCCUUCGAGCCCCUGGUGUUCAGACACCUGUCAUUGUGCGUUUCUCCACUGUUAUCCAUGAGCGUGGCAGCCCUGAAACCCUGAGGGAUCCUCGUGGUUUUGCAGUGAAGUUUUACACCAGAGAGGGUAAUUUUGACCUGGUUGGAAACAAUUUCCCUGUCUUUUUUGUUCGUGAUGGAAUGAAAUUCCCGGACAUGGUCCAUGCUCUCAAACCGAACCCCAAGUCGCACAUUCAAGAGCCUUGGAGGAUCCUUGACUUCUUCUCCCACCACCCAGAAAGCCUGCACAUGUUCACCUUCCUAUUUGAUGAUCUGGGAGUUCCACAAGAUUACAGGCACAUGGAAGGCUCUGGUGUUAACACCUAUACCCUUAUCAAUAAGGCAGGGAAAGCACAGUAUGUGAAAUUUCAUUGGAAACCUACUUGUGGAGUCAAGUGUUUGUUGGAGGAUGAAGCUAUUAAGGUUGGAGGAGCUAAUCACAGCCAUGCUACCAAGGAUCUCUAUGAUUCCAUUGCAGCUGGCAACUACCCUGAGUGGAAACUUUAUAUUCAGACAAUUGAUCCUGAUCAUGAGGACAGAUUUGACUUUGACCCACUUGAUGUAACUAAGACCUGGCCUGAAGAUAUUCUUCCUCUGCAGCCAGUUGGCCGUCUGGUUCUGAAUAAAAACAUUGAUAACUUCUUUGCAGAGAAUGAACAACUUGCAUUUUGCCCUGCCAUUGUUGUCCCUGGUGUUUACUAUUCAGAUGAUAAGUUGCUCCAAACUCGAAUCUUCUCCUAUUCUGAUACUCAGAGGCACCGUCUUGGCCCGAACUAUCUGCAGCUCCCAGUGAAUGCUCCCAAGUGUUCUCAUCAUAACAAUCAUCAUGAGGGAUUCAUGAAUUUCAUGCACAGGGAUGAGGAGGUUAAUUACUUCCCUUCAAGGUAUGAUCCUGUUCGUAAUGCUGAGCGCUUCCCCAUUCCUCCUAAUAUCCUUUCUGGAAAGCGUGAGAAGUGCAUCAUUGAGAAGGAGAACAACUUUAAGCAACCUGGAGAGAGAUACAGAUCUUGGGCGCCAGACAGGCAAGAGCGAUUCAUCUGCCGAUGGGUGGAUGCCUUAUCAGACCCACGUGUCACCCAUGAGAUUCGCAGCAUUUGGAUCUCAUACUGGUCUCAGGCAGAUAAAUCUCUGGGUCAAAAGCUCGCAUCCCGUCUCAAUGUGAGGCCAAGCAUUUGAGGGUUAUGCCAAGUCAGAUGUUUGAGUUUCCAGCAGCGGGCAAGAAGACAUAGUAAAAGGACAAUAUGGGAGGAUGAAUCAGUUAAAUUGUUUAUCCUUUGAAAGUGUUAUACUAAAUUUCAUAUGUAAUGUGACCUGUAGCUCCAAUGUAAUAAGUGCCGGUUGUACGCGCCGAUUUUCUUUUGUUUCUAUACAAGAUAUUAUGCAAUUGUACUUGUACUUCACUUGCACAUUAGUGUCCUGUCGUAAUUCCUGGACUCGGAUUGUCAUUUGAGAUUAUGGUUUAAGUAUUAAUGUAAGUAUUAAUAUUAGAUUCUUAUCCAA